GUGCAAUACAUCAACUACGCAUUAGCACGGAUCAUUCACAGCGGCGGCCAGAUGACCGAGAUUCUCCGUGCAGCUCUGGAGGACUUGGCCACAGACAAGACCCUUGAUGUGGAGAAGUCUAUUGAUGCCAAAGAGUUUAAUGAAGUUGGACUUGUUUGCAAUGAACUUGAACUCGAUACUGCCACCUUACUUUGGUGGCUUGUUUGCAUCAUCGAAUGGCAGAGUGGACAUCGAAUCUUCCUCUCCUUCAUGAGCGAGCUUCUACGCCGUACCGCUGACUUGCUGAAUGAAGCGGACUCGACCUGUCGAUCUUUGAAGACGCACAUCACUGCGCUGCAAGCACAGAUGCGAAGUGUCGAUGACGAGGGAAACACUCCUGAAGUGUCGCCAGAAGCACGCCUCGCUGGACCUGUGGGAAUUGCGGUGAUUACUUCGGCUGCGGCUGCAGAGGCCCGGAUUACAGCGGCCAAAGCCGUGCUCGAGGAGAUUGCCCAAGUGAAGAAGGAAGCCGAGAAGCUGCAGGCCAAUCUGCUGAAGAAUAAGAUCUCUUCGCCGGACACCAUCGAAGCGGAUGCCCAGGGCUUCCCAGACUUCAAUCGAAUCCGCUCAUUGCUCCAAGAGGCACAGCCGAAGGCCCUGGAGGAGGCCAAGCAUGCCGUCUUGGUGCGUAGCUCGGGUGCCGUCGGCGCUUCGGGCCGAGCGAGAGAGAUCUACGGUGAGACCUACGCGGCGCUCGAGACGAAGCUUCUGCAGUUGCAGCUCAAGGGCCGCCAGGCAGUGGAUGGUGAGAUUGGCCUCGAUGCAUCACCCAAGAGCAGCUCCUGUGGUCCAGCGCCUCCGCUGGCCGAUGCACAGAUGCCCUUGGUCACCUACUCCGAGCAGGUCGAGAGCGUAGGAUCCGUCCAAGACCAUGCCUUUUUGCAGCUGCUGGGCAUCCCAGAAGGAAACAUGGCCACCUCACAAGCCGUGGACCGCUGCUUCUUGAAGGUGGAGGUCUACGAUCGCUUCAGUGAGAAGACGGGUGCCGUGGAGGAUGAGUUCGAACGCUUCUGCCGUUACGCAGUGAGCGAUGCCCGGCAGCGCUGCGGGGGGCGGCGAUUGGUGGCUGCGCUGAAACCGCUCUUGGUGGAUCUGGUGAAGAGGAGGC